AUGGAGUUUGAACCAAGCCCACCAGCAGUAAUAGACAAGAAAUUAUGGCAUAUCAUAAGAACUGCUCUCUACAUAAUGAGAAAAGGCAUAUCAAAGGGCAAACUAACGUUUGAUCUUCACAUGAUGCUUAAACGAGGUAAAAUAGCAAGCAAAGCCAUAGGCAACCUAAGGCUCCACCACAACUACUCCACCUUCACUUGCCGGUCGGAUGACGUUCUAACGUCUUUCAUAUCGCCCGGAGAAUACGAGUUCAGCUGCAGCAAUACCCCUGUCAAGCUCAAGAAUCCUCUCCAUCGUCGAAGCCGUUACCAAGUAGCAGAAGAAAAACGUUUGGCACGAACAGUGUUUGAUAUUUUAAACCAUUAUGAAAUGGUUGAAUCAUCUCCAUUGACGACGCUGCCAGGUUUUGGAUGCAGCCCAUUAGUUCGCCAAUUGAGGGUGACUGACUCGCCAUUUCCAUUACAAGAUGCAGAAGAGAAUGACCACCAAGUGGACAAGGAUGCAGAAGAGUUCAUUAACAAGUUCUAUAAAAAUUUGAAGCAACAAAAGAGGAUGGCUGCCUUGGAAUCUCCAUCGCCUUACCACAUAUGGCAUAAAUGA